UGCUCCACUCUGACUGACGGCGUGUGCUGGAGGGGAAGGUUGAAGUAGCGCAGCAUUACAGUCUUAUUAAAGAACUAACGUCCUAAUCAACAGCGUUCUCAGACAUAGUAGAGAGGAUUCCCACGAAAAACACCCCGACAUAUACAAGAACCGUGAGUUCAAGUGAUAGAAGGUGUCGAUGACCGUUGAUUAGUGGCUGCGCUAGCUUUUGUGCUAACUCCUCGUUUUCAUCCAGCCUCAUUAGACAGCAUAAUUCCAGCUUCAGAUUUGCCACAAACGGCACUCGUGCGAGCUUCUCUCGCGCUCUAGCAGCCAUUAUUGAGCUAUUAACUUGUCCCGCUGGAAAGGGUGUCGGAGCUGAACCCUUCCCUGUGGCUCCUGUGCUCCCCCCGUCACCUUUGCCCCCUCUCCCACCCGAAACACUGGACACACACAAGCGGCCGGAGAACGGCGAGAGGCCCGUGAAGCUGGGGGUGGUUCCGGACUCGCACGCUGUCGGAGCGCUUAAAGAGAGGCACAGUCGUGGGGACACGCCGACGAACAUGGACGGGUUGGCGGUGGAGGUGCGCGGCUCUAACGGGGCCUUCUACAAGGGUUUCAUCAAGGAUGUACACGAAGACUCCCUCACAAUAGUCUUUGAAAACAACUGGCAACCAGAGAGACAACUGCCGUUCAGUGACGCGAGGUUGCCACCCCCAACCGAUUACCACAAGGACAUUUGUGAGGGAGAUGAGGUGGAGGUUUACUCCAGAGCCAACGAGCAGGAGCCCUGCGGCUGGUGGUUGGCGAGGGUGAGGAUGAUGAAGGGAGAGUUCUAUGUGAUCGAAUACGCAGCCUGUGACGCCACAUACAAUGAAAUUGUCACAUCGGAACGAAUCCGGCCAGUCAAUCCCAACAUCCCCUCCUCUGAAAACACCUUUUACAAAGUCCCCAUCGCUGUACCCGAGGAUCUCAGAGACAUCUGUUUGACCGAGAACAUCCACAAAGACUUCAGGAAAUCAAUCGGAGCCAACUGCAUCUUCUACAACACCUUUACACACCAACUUAUUGUCCUGUCCACAAAUGAGUGCACGGUGAAACGAGCAGCCCUACUGAGUGACAUGCACUUCCGGAGUAUUCGCACCAAACUCAUGCUUAUGUCCCGUAACGAGGAGGCCACUAAACACUUAGAGACGAGUAAACAGCUGGCGUCUGCGUAUCAGGAAGAAGUGAAGGUGCGUGAGGAACUAAUGGGUCUGGCCAUCGGUUCUCACGGUGCCAACAUCCAGCAGGCCCGCAAAGUUCCCGGCAUCACUGCCAUUGAGCUGGAAGAAGAGAGCUGCACAUUCAGGAUCUAUGGAGAGACCCCAGAGGCUGUGAAGCAGGCCAGGACCUAUCUGGAGUUUAAGGAGGAUUCCUUCCAGGUUCCAAGGAACCUUGUAGGCAAAGUCAUUGGCAAAAAUGGCAAAAUUAUCCAAGAAAUAGUAGACAAAUCGGGCGUGGUUCGAGUCCGGAUCGAAGGGGACAAUGAUAAAAAGCCGCCCAGGGAGGAGGUAGGCAGGCAGGGGGCUGGCAGAGACAACACUGUCAGCAGCCAAGAGGGAAUGGUUCCCUUUAUCUUUGUUGGAACCAAAGAGAACAUCAGUAACGCCCAGGCCUUGCUCGAGUACCAUGUGGCCUACCUUCAGGAGGUGGAGCAGUUGCGUCUCGAGCGCUUACAGAUUGAUGAACAGCUCCGUCAGAUUGGGGUGGGAUAUCGUGCACCCCCCAGCCGCUCUGGUUCAGGGGUCGCCGGCGAGCGUGAACGGGGUUACCUCACGGACGAGAGCACAAACUCCCUGCAGACCACACGCACCUAUGGAGGAAGAGGACGUGGACGCAAAUCUAACAAUACAUACUCUGGCUAUGGGACAAACUCUGAAAUGUCAAAUGCAUCAGAGACAGAAGAGAUAGGAGAGCGGGAGCCCAGGCCAAAAGGUGUUGGCGGAGAUGACAGGGGUUCCAAGCGUGGAGGUCGUGGCCGUGGCUCCAGCACUGGUAGGGGCCGGGGAGGACCAGGGCCCCGAAACACUAACACUAUCAGCUCAGUUCUCCGAGAUCCAGACAGUAACCCGUACUCUCUGCUGGAGGGAGAAGGUGAAAUAGGUGGUGAUACAGAUGCCAGUGAGAGCAUGGGCGGCACUGACCGCAGGAGACGUUCACGUCGUCGCCGUAACGACCAGGAACCCAGCCUUAUGGAUGCAGCCGCUAAUGAAUCAGACAGUCAGGCAGCCGCCAGUGAGAAUGGACUGGGUAUGACUUCAUCUCUCGUGCCGAUUCCCAGAGCAGACAGAAUCUCCCAGGGAAGAAGGAGGUGACACAGCACACGUCCCACCCCAAGGAAAAUGGGACUAGCGUGACCAAGGAAGAGCGCACUCCUUCCAAGCGCUCCCCUAGCAAUGGCGUGGCAUCGCCCGA